AUCAUAUGUAUUCAUUCUCCAAUCUGCAUACCUUCACAUUCUAGCUUUUCAAUUUCGUUUGACUUGUAAACUUUGACAUUUUGACUUUUGACAACUUCUCAUCAAUGGCAACCACCGGGAAACUUGAUGUUGAAGUGAAGGUGAAAUCCGAAGCUGAUAAGUUCUGGAACACCAUCCUGGACUCCGCUACAAUUUUCCCUAAAGUCUGCUCUGAUCUCUACAAAGAAGUUGAAGUUCUUGAAGGCGAUGGACGAAGCGUUGGAUCCGUCCGAUUGGUUCAUUUUGCCGAAGGGUCGCCGAUUGUGAAAUCGGCGAAAGAGAAGAUUGAAGAACUUGAUGAAGCGAAGAAGAAAGUGGCAUAUAGUGUGAUUGAUGGAGAUAUGAUGAAAUACUACAAGACUUUCAAGGCUACUCUUGAAGUGAUUCCGGAGGCAGAAGGAAGUAUUGUGAAGUGGAUGUGUGAGUAUGAGAAAGCAAGUGAUGAGGUUCCGGAUCCAAGUAUGAUCCGAGACUUUGCUGCUAAGAAUUUUCAGGAGAUUGAUGCUUAUCUCCUUAAAGCAUAAAGUAUGCUUGUUUUUUUAUCAACUUGUGUUUGCUAUAAAUAAUGAAAUGUGUGACUUCACCUUUUGUACUUACAUAAGUUGUUAUCUACUUAUGAAUAAUAUUAAUCGGUGUACUUCCUUUUCUUUA